UAUAUAAAGAUUGUAAGAGAGUCAAAAGUUCAGUGUAACAAUCUCAGUUGAGCGACAAUUAUUCCAUUUGUUAAAGACAAAAUGAAAUUCAAUAUUUUUCUUACAUUUCUGCUUGUGAGCGUGGUCGCCCUUAUGGCUGCUCCUACUUCAAUAAUCCAAGAUGAACCUAAAGACGAGAUGCCUCUCGACACGAUUCGAAGCGAAACAGAGCGCGCUGACAGGCAAAGAAGAGUAACCUGUGAUCUUCUCUCGUUCAAAGGAAUCGCGGAACAUUCUGCUUGCGCUGCGAAUUGUCUCAGCAUGGGUAAAGCUGGAGGUCGUUGCGAAAAUGGAAUCUGUAUUUGUCGCAAGACCACUUUCAAGGAACUCUGGGACAAACGUUUCGGCUGAUCAUAUUCAAUCCGUAUUAUUAAUAUUUAAGCUGCAUUUAUUGUUUAAACGCUAAUAUAGUGUAUACUAAUUGAAAAAUGAAUAAAAUAAAAUUAUAAUUAACUUUGAA